AUAUCCCUUGGCACCGGAGCACCCCUAUCCAGCUCAACAACGCAGCUGCUACACCGCCGUAGCGCACUUUUUGAAGAAUGCGCAGGACUACGGGGUGGACCCUAAGCGGAUUGUGUUAGCCGGCGACAGCAGCGGAGGCACAAUUGCUGCCAGCAUUGCUCAGCAACUUGUGACAACGAAGGACCUGCCGCAGCUCCGGGGACACAUCCUACUCUACCCUUUCCUCCAAUGUCUGGAUUUUAAUUUACCUUCUUACCAGCAAAAUCGCUCCGUUCCCCUCUUAACCAAGGAACUAGCCAUUCGGCAUGGCACAGUUUAUAUCUCAGGAAGGAGGGACAGAGCCAAUGAGAUUAUGGCCAAUGCCCACGUUCCCCAGGAAUUCAUGAGAAAGUAUCAGAACUGGAUCAAUGUAGAACUCAUUCCGGAAGAAUUUAAAAGCCGGGGUUACGUGCCAUUUGUACCUGGUCCGGUUUCAGAAGAACUUUUCACAAAAUGCCAAAUAAUUUUCGAACCCACAUUUUCCCCACUCUUGGCGGAAGAUGCCAUCAUCCAGAAAUUUCCAGAGACUUUCCUUUUAACCUGCGAAUACGACAUUUUCCGAGACGAUGGCUUGCUCUACAAGAAGAGGCUGGAAGACAACGGUGUGCCUGUCACCUGGGUUCAUCUCAAGGAGGGAUUCCACGGGAUCAGCAUGAUGAUAGGUAUGGGGCUACUGGAGUUCCCGGGUACGAGGAAGAGUCUCAACAGUGUGAUCCAGUUUCUACAACGGUUCUAG